UCGGCUGCCCUAGAGGCUCAGGACUACGGUCCUACCAUUCUUGCGGCAUGUUGGGUCUUGGUCGUUUUCCCCGGUUUGAUGGUCGGAGUACGACUUUGGUGCAAGGGCAUGAUUAGCAAAAGCCUUGGACUGGAUGAUAUGAUUAUUUGUCUCGCAUGGUCUUUGCUUCUUAUUUAUACUGCCCUUAUCACCAAAGCUGUGCAAUUGGGUGUAGUUGGUAGGCACGUCUCAACCAUCGAAAACACGGAGAAUAUAUCACCGGCACUCAAGCUUGUGUACAUCAGUUUUGUUGUCGUGAUAUUUGGAUGUGUCUUCAGCAAGACUUCUUUCGCCUUCACACUUAUGCGUAUCGUUACACGGGCUUGGAUGAAGGCUCUGUUGUGGUUUAUUAUCAUCUCCAUGAACGCUAUCAUGUGGCUGUGUGGUAUCUGCUACUUGGCUCAGUGCAAACCAGCUGCUGCCCUGUGGAACUCGGAGCUCCUGGCUACAGCCAAGUGUUGGCCAACCAGCGUGUUUGAAACCAUUGCUCUUGUGGCCGGAUCAUACUCUGGUUGUAUGGACUUUAUUCUCGCUUUACUUCCCUGGGUGGUUCUCUGGAAACUUGAGAUGAAGAUGCGGGAAAAAGUUGGCAUUGCGUUGGCCAUGAGUAUGGGUAUCUUUGCUGCCGUUACGGCAUUCAUCAAGACUUCGAAGCUUGUCAAUGUUUCCCAAGUCCAAGAUUUCACUUGGUUCUGUUCCACUAUUAUCAUCUGGGCUUCGGCAGAAACUGGAUUGACAAUCUUUGCCGCUUCGAUCCCGUCCCUCCGCAUCCUUUUCAUUCGCAUGCGCUCCAACUACGGCGAGAGCGGCGAGCCAUCCUCUACCUACAAUUAUUCCGCUGAUGAAGAGACAAUCACACUUGAGAACCGAAAAGAAACUAGCAGCGAGAAGAGUAUUCUGGAUAACCCAAUGAAUAAACCGGACGGGGUCACCGCGACUUAUGAUGGAAAUUCUCACGCCUGA